UUUUGACAGUGUUUCAUGGACUUUUAGCUGUCUUAUAUGCAACCCGAUUUAAAGUUGAGAAUAUCACACCAUUGUAUUGUCAUAUCGUCAAUCCAAUUCAUUUUCUCUCUGGCAAUGAAUAUGGGGGAUUCAUCUUUUGGAUGCAUAAACUUGGAUCCUGAUUGUAAAGACUAAAGAUGCAAUGAGCUUCCUGAUUUCUGUUGCAUUUUGAGAACUCAAACCUACAAAUGUUCUUUAGUCUAUAUUGACAUUCCCCUAAGUUGGUAAUGACCAUGAAAACUUUGAUUUUGUUCAAGCUGUUCAUUAUGAACCUUUGAUUCAAAUUAGGUGUGGCCUUACCUAGUUGUUUCUUUCUAAUUUCAGAAAGCCAAUAGUGCAAAGGCUUAUGUGUUCAUCCUCCUCUCCAAAUCGGAUUUGGCCACUGCUUUGGGGAUGAACUAUGUGUUGACCGAGAGUUGGGCGCCGGUGUACGGCAACGCCAUAUUGUCGAAAUGGCUGAUCAAGCGGUCUGAGGUUGAGAAAAUCUUUGAUGUCACUGAUUUCAGUUCUUCAACCAAAGGAGGAAGACGAUAACUCCGUUUGCGCCAGCCCUAGGAGCUCAGGCUCCGAUGAUCACGUCGACGAGACCUCUUGUUGCUCAAUUAACGGCUCGAGUGAGCUAGUGGAAGAUGGACAUAACCUCAAAUUCGUAGAUCUGGUGGAGAUGACGGUGAUGAUAAUGAGAGUUACGAAGUUGAAUCGCGGAAAAACCAUUCACAAUUGGAAAACCAUUCACUCUUCUUCUUCGGGGUUUAGUCUCCUUCUUGCUUCUAGGUCCAAUCCCAAACUUCGGGGGUUAAAAGUCGACAAUGCUUGGUGCCAUAGCCGGCGCCUCUUCUCUGUUUCUUCAUCUGUUGUGGAUCUGGAAUUGGGCGGCAACGACCACCCUUUCGAGGCCGGUCUCUACUUCGCAAAGCUCGGAAUCAGAACCCGUCGAAGGACUGCGUCCAAGUCGACACCGGAAAAUGUUAUUGUGGGUCAAUUGCUUGAGAAGAUGUAGAACCGAAAAAGGAAAGAGAAAGAAACUCUGUGGUGAAAGAAGAGUGAGAGAGAGACGAGAGAGAAAUAAUGAUUAAAAAAAAAAAAAAGACAGAUUGAGUUUGUUCUGUCAAAUUUGACAGCCGAGCUCCAUAUGUCAUUUACACGUAGGAUAAGUCCAAUAGGUUGGAGUUCUUCUAUAUGUCUUUUGUUACCAAUAGAAGCCUUCACGUGGAUUUGACAUAUCCAUUGGAGAUGGUCUAAGUUCUCCUUUCAUAGAGUCAGCAAUCAUUCUAAGCUUUAUUCUUGUGGAAAUAAGA